GCAACCGUGCUUCUGCCAACUGUACAAGGCCCUGGUUGGCAGACGUUUAAGCCCCGGAGUUCCUCUGUGCAAAUGUCGCUGGCGAGUCUUGGAUUUUACUAAGACCUAAUAUUGGGCUGAAGGACAGAAAUGAUGAGAAGUUGGGAAGGAACCUGAGGCCAAUGGCUUCUGCCGUGAGGAAGAUCUUUGGGGUUAAGGAAAAGACACCCUUCGGUUUCUGUGAUGGCCCACAAAUGACUGUCUCUGAGUUUUUCUUUGGUGAAUAUCCCAGCUAUCCAAAAUACCAUACAACAUACCGGCCCGUGGGGCAGAUCCACAGGGUUGCAGCCGAGGGCGAUGCGGGCCAGUUGGAAAUUCUCAUCACGCUUGGAAAGUGCAGCGUGUACGACCGAGACUACAAGAACAGGACAGCUCUGCAUUUUGCCUGUGUCUAUGGCCGGCUGCCAGUGGUGAACGUUCUGGUGAAUAAUAAUUGUGAGAUUGAUGCCUUCGACAAGAACCACAUCACACCUCUGAUGAAGUCUGUCCAAUGCUGGAAACAGAAAUGUGCGGCUAUCCUGCUGGAGCACGGUGCUGAUCCGAACAUCCGGGACAACAGUGGUAACAGCGCCUUGCACUACGCUGUGUACAACGGGCACGAAGAGAUGGCGGCACUCCUGCUCGACUACCAUGCUGAUAUCGAGCAAAAAACCAAAGAUGGCUUCACACCACUUUUGCUGGCACUCAGGGAAAAGAGGGUAGAGGUGGCAGAAUUUUUAGUAAAAAAAGGAGCAGAUAUACAUGUUGUAGAUGACAUGCAAAGAAAUACCUUGAUAUAUGCUAUACGAUGUGGAUCAAAAGAUAUAGCUACAUUACUUCUUCAGAAAGGCAUUGACUUCUUCUGCAAGGAUGUCUUUGGAUGGACGGCAUUACGCUACGCUAUUGAAGGCCACUGUACUUUUAGACAGGUGCUUAUGGAUUUUGAAGAAAACAUGCAUAAUAACAAAAAAGAUAAUGAACCAGGAAUUGAACCCAAGACAACCUCCAUUUUAGAACAAACGGAUUCUGGAAAUGACUCAUUAGCCGGGAUUUCCAGCUGUCCUAGUCCUGGAAGCCCCUUGCCUGCCACGAAGGAAGACGAAUACAACUGUGAUACCAAGAGUACCUCUGAGAGUGCUCCUCUGAACGGUGCUGACAAUUCGUCUGUGGCUACAGCCAAAAUAUUUGAACAUACGGCCAAAAGAAAAGUGGAAGCAUGGGUUGAGAAAGAUUUGUCCUUAAAGUCUGCCACUGAAGUGAGAGAAACUGUUCCAAAUGAAGUGGUAGAAAUAAUAGAGCUGCUACCAUCCACAUCAGAACCAGAGUUGGAAUUGAUGUCAGUAGAAGAAGAUACAUCCAAUGGAAGUGAAAAUAAUCAGCCACUGAGUAUCUUGGAGGAUCUUCCACAGAUGAAUGCUGGCCAUUUAUGUGGUGCAGGAUAUCAAAUGGGAAAAAUUAAUAUGAAUGGACAAAUGAAAGAGUCUGAUGAGGAACAUGCUCAAUUGAUGACUCCAGUUGAAAUGAACGAUACUGUUUUCAGAGAAGCGUGGACAACAAAGAAUGCAUCAGCCUUCAAACCAGUAGAGCCUGACUUAGAAGCGACACCAGAGGAAGAUCACAAUAGAUUUGAUGACAGGAGAAAUAUCCACUCAUUGAGAAUCUCUGGAGAGCUUCCAAACAUAUCUGGCAAUAUAUCCGUGGCAGCAGAUUCAAGAAGAGAAAAGACAAACAGACAAGCAACAGAAUCUGCGAAGGAGUAUCCACCCUUGAUGGCUCUCAAUGAAAUGAAUGAUUCUGUUCUCCAUGAGGCAGUAGAGAUGAAGGAAGCACAGAUAAUGCACGUGGAAGGACCAGCUGUAAAAUUGACAUCAGAGGAAGAACCAAAUAGUCAUGAUGACUUUGAAAAGAAUCCGCCACUGAAUAUUUUCAAGCAAAUUCAAACACAGGAUGUUGGUUAUUUAUCAAUGGCUGAAAAUCAAAAAGGAGAAAAAAUGGUGAUGUGUCAGGAAAAAGAAUUUUCUAAGAAAUGCCCUCAAUCAAAGUUCAUACAGCCUACCAUUGUAAAGGAAGAAUCUCUUCCAAAGGAGGCCUGGGAUAUGACUCCAGUGAAAUCAUUUUUAGCAGACAGCCCCAAAGAAUAUCCUCUAUCAAAGCCUACUCUUGAGGAAAAUGAUUCUGUUCCAAACAAAGUCCCUGAUAUAAAGUGUGGGAGGUGGUUCCAAGAAGCAGAAUCAGCUGUACACGUGCCAUCAGAGGAAGAGCGAAAAUGUCAUGAUGUUCCUGAAAAGAAACAUGGAGUGAGUAUGUUCAAGCAACUUCAACCAAAGGAUAUUGCAUAUUUAUCCAAGGCUAAUGAUGAAAGUACAGAAAAUACUGCUGAAGACCAAGAGGAAGAUUCCCCAGAACAACAUCUUCAAUGGAAGUCCAUGCAGCCUACAAAUGAAAGAAGAGAUCCUGUUUCCAAUGAAGGAUCAGUAGUGAAGUAUGUGAAAUCCUUCCUCACAGCAGAGCCAACUAUAAAAGCAUCAGAAGGAGAAUGGUGUAGUGGCAGAAACAUCCAAAGACAGGGCAUUGGCAAUUUAUCUUUGGCUGAAGAUCAAAGAUACAGGAGUAUAAGACCUGAUGAGGAGAGAGACUCUCCUGAAGACUAUGCUCAAUUGAAGAAGAAAACUCCUCUUCCGUGUGAAGCGCCAGCAAUGGAAGAAGUCAAAGCAUUUGACCCAGAUUUGUCAGAAUCAGAUAUACAAUUGUCCUCAGAGGAAGAGCAAGAAUGGCCUGAUAACAGUGAAGGGGAACACCUAAAGCUGGAGAAUACACAUAAUGUUUGGUUGGAGAAUGUUGCAGGGCAACCUCAACCAAAGGACACUGCACAUUUACCCAUGCAAGAUGAAGAAGGAGUAAAUGUCAUGAGUGACCAGAAGAAAGGUUUUCCUGCUGAAUAUUCUGAAUUAAAGGAUGCCAUUGAAAAACAAGAUUUUGUGCUAACUGAAGAUUCAACAAUGAAGCAAGAAAAAUCAUUCAUGGCAGGAGCCAAGACUGUACAACUGAGGUCGGAGGGAAAACAGAUAGGAUGGUGUGGUAGCGGCAAGAGGCAGCGGAAGCCUAUUUUUGAGCGACUUCAACUGAAACGGAAUGCUCGAGUGUUUGUGAAUCCUGAAAGACAUGUGAAAAAUACAGGAGCUGCUGAAGAGAGAGUGCAUCUCCCAGAGGCCACAACUGCACAACGGAGGCCAAAGAAAGAACAAACAGGGAGGUGUGGCGGUGACAAGAAGCAGUGGAAGCCCAUCUUUGAGCGAUUUCAACCCAAGUGGAGUGCUCAAGUGUCUAUGGAUCUUGAAGAAAGUGGAGAAAACACAGGUGGCGCUGAAGAGAAAGUGCAUCUCCCAGGAGCCACAACUGCACAACGGAGGCCAAAGAAAGAACAAACAGGGAGGUGUGGCGGUGACAAGAAGCAGUGGAAGCCCAUCUUUGAGCUAUUUCAACCCAAGUGGAGUGCUCGAGUGUCUGUGGGUCCCGAAGAAAGUGGAGAAAACACAGGAGCUGCUGAAGAGAAAGUAGAAUCCACUAUACUGUUAACACCAGAAGAACAAACAGGAUGCCAUGACAGCAUAAAGAAGUCACAGUUGCAUAUCCUGGAGCGAUUUCAGCCAAAGCGGAGUGUUCGGGUAUGUAUGGAGACAGAACAAGGAGGAGACAACCUAGACGCUGCUGCUCAGAUGACAUACUCUUCUGAUGAAUAUAUUGAAUUGAAGACUGCCAUUAAAAAGCAAGAUUCUGUACCAGCUGAGGAGCCAUCAACGAAGCAAGAAAUAUCAUUCAUGGCAGCGGCAGACUUAGAAGUGAAACCAAAGGAAAAGCAAAGAAGUCAUGACUAUGAAAAUAUUCAGUCAGUUAAUAUAUUUAAACAUCUUCAACCAAAGAGUAUUGACCAUUUAUCCGUGACUUCAGAUCAAAGAAGCAAAACUAUUAUAAGCGGAGAAGAGGAAGCAGAGCCAGACUUAGAAGUGUCAUCAGGAGAUAACCAAAACAGAUGUUAUGGCAGUGAGAGCAAUCAGUCAUUGGUUGAAAAAUCAAAGACGCAUGCAAGGAAUGGAGGAGACGAAGCAAAACACCCCUAUGAAGCUGUUGUUUUUACUGCUACUGCUGCAUCUACUGCUGCUGCUGCGGCUGCUACUGCUGCUGCUGCUGCUGCAUCUACUGCUGCUUCUGCAGCGUCUACUGCUGCUGGCGCUGCUGUUGUUGCUGCUUCCAUUGUGGAUGAACUGGUUGUACAGAGAAGAUCUGGAGAAAUCAAUAACCAGAGAUUUCUUAUUAUGGAGAAUACAGAGCAUGAUGGGCCCCGAAAGAAAACAUCUAAGAAAAAACAUAAGGUAACAAAAGAAGUAAGAGCUAUGGUUGAUGUAACUCAGUCAUCUGAACCAGUCUCAGAGGAUGAUUCUGGAAGUUCAUUAAAAAUACAGGAAUCACUUAAUUCAUACAAUGCAUUAGUAGAUCUUCAAAAAAUCAAUGAACUACUUAGGAAAAAAAAUGAAAAAAUGGAAAAUGAGAAUAAUGCUCUACAGAAGGAGAUAUCAGAAACAAGAGAGGAGAAAUCAAAGUUAGAGGAUGAAAUAGUGGAACGGGAUGAAGAAUUACGCAACCUGAGGUUUACUUUAAGGAAAGAACUCGAGGAGACAAGAAAUAUUCAUUGCUUUUAUAAGAAUAUUAAGAAACAUUUACGUGAAAAAGAAAAACGACUCAAUGAAAGAGCCGCAGUAUCACAGCUUGAGUCACAGCUGAGAACACGAGAUCUGGAACUGAAGAACGCAAGGGGCACCCUGAAGGAGUUGCAAGAAGCACAGGAUCAAUACAUAAAAGCUCUAAAAACUGCCCAGAAGAUGAAAGGUCACUUACAAAGGAUUGAACAGGAAUAUUCUGAGUUAAAAGUUAAAGUGAAAGAGCAAGCUAGGCAAAUCGAAGAGCAUCGUGGGUGCCUGCAACACUCAUGUCUAAAAUCGGAGCAAAGUGAAAUAUUGGCAGGUGCUCAAGAAACUUCGGGGGAAUUAUGUGAGAACAGCAUUUCCCCAAUGAAUCAGACAGGAACCCGAAUCCAAAGUCUGCAGUCUGAACCCUCCCAAAUGAAAACUAUACAAGACUCAAAUAUGAGAGCCCUGAAAAGUUAUGAGCAACAGUGCAUAGAAGAAUUAAGGAUUAGCAAUGCAUUGUUAUAUGAACAAUACAAUCUUUACAGGAAUAAGAAUCUAGAUGAAUCCUGCACACAAGUUCGCGUCACGGUAGAGCAGGACACAUCUCUGAACACAUCAGAAGCCAGGUUUCCUCUUGAGAGCCCUUGUGUGGCAAGCACUUGCCCUCACAGAAACAUCUUCCCAUGUGAAAACAUUGUUCUCCCAGGAAACCCAAGGUCUACUAAUGGCUGCCUGCGAAGCUACCCAGUGAUGAUGGAAUAUGAAGAAAAAUCAGUUGAAGAACUUACUGAAUUAAAGCAAUCUUUAAAAUAUAAUUUGUAUCAGCAGCAGAAGAAAAAUGAUGAAAUAGAAAAGGAAAUUGUUAGAAUGAAGAAAUUCUUGAAAAUGGCAAAAAUUGGGCAUAAAAUUGGAGAAUGUAGUUCUCAUGGAAACUCAAGAACUGGUCAUUUUUGAGACAUGAGGAAUGUGUAGACUUUGUCACACCACUGGGUAGACAGAUACUCCAUUCCUCCACCAUGGAUACAGGACUCAAUGUGGCAGUCUUGAUGUGUUAUAGAGACAUCUCCUGGGACCACACCAUCUGCACUGAACAUCUAGCUAACUUCUCUAACCACAGCCUUGGAAACUUGGCCCCUAAUCCAGAUACCAUCUACCAGCAAAGAUGACAAAGCACUGCCCUUAAUUAGAUUUUUAAUUAAACAGUGAAUUUUUAUUUCAAAAACCA